UCGUUUAGCCGCGAGGCAGAAAGACGGCAGCGCGUCCCUCAGAAGUUUAAACCUCGAAGGCGAGAGAGAGAGAGACGAGGAAAGUCAGAGUUUUUUUUUUUCCCGUCAGGAUGGGGAACUCAAAGAGCAGCGCUCUGUCCAAGGAGCUCCUGGAGGACCUGAAGUCCAACACCAAGUACUCGGAGACGGAGCUGAGCACCUGGUACCAGUCCUUCCUGAAGGAGUGUCCCACGGGGAAGAUCACCAAGGAGCAGUUCGAGGGGAUCUACGCCAGCUUCUUCCCGGGCGCCGACCCCACGGCCUACGCCCGCCACGUCUUCCGCAGCUUCGACACCAACGCCGACGGCACGCUGGACUUCAAGGAGUACAUCGUGGCGCUGCACCUGACCUCGGGGGGGAAGACUCUGCAGAAGCUGGAGUGGGCCUUCGCCCUGUACGACGUCGACGGCAACGGCACCAUCAGCAAGAGCGAGAUCCAGGAGAUCGUCAGGAAAGACGGCAUCGCGUCCCUCAGAAGUUUAAACCUCGAAGGCGAGAGAGAGAUAGAGAAGAGGAAAGUCAGAGGUUUUCUUUUUCCCGUCAGGAUGGGGAACUCAAAGAGCAGCGCUCUGUCCAAGGAGCUCCUGGAGGACCUGAAGUCCAACACCAAGUACUCGGAGACGGAGCUGAGCACCUGGUACCAGUCCUUCCUGAAGGAGUGCCCCACAGGGAAGAUCACCAAGGAGCAGUUCGAGGGGAUCUACGCCAGCUUCUUCCCGGGGGCCGACCCCACGGCCUACGCCCGCCACGUCUUCCGCAGCUUCGACACCAACGCCGACGGCACGCUGGACUUCAAGGAGUACAUCGUGGCGCUGCACCUGACCUCGGGGGGGAAGACUCUGCAGAAGCUGGAGUGGGCCUUCGCCCUGUACGACGUCGACGGCAACGGCACCAUCAGCAAGAGCGAGAUCCAGGAGAUCGUCAGGUCGAUAUUCAACAUGAUCCCGGCGGCGGACCAGGGGAACCUCCCCGAGGACGAGAACACGCCGGAGAAGCGGGCCGAGAAAAUCUGGGCGUUUUUUGGCAAGAAGGAGAAUGACAAAAUCUCAGAGGGAGAAUUCAUUCAGGGCGUGAUGGACAACAAGGACAUCCUGCGCUUGAUACAAUACGACGAGCCCCAGAAAAUCAAAGACAAGCUAAAAGAGAAGAAGCAAUAACAUAAGGAGAAAGGUGGUUUAUAGACUGUUUCAUUCGCAUUGUAACGUCCUCCGUCUGCUUGUCUGUUUGAGCUGCUUUUCCCUCUCCGUGACGCUGUUUAGGCAGGCGGCUGAACGGUGUUUUACUCCACUCUGUGAGCAGAAAACCACAGGAGGGUCCGUGUGGGGAGCACCCCACCCCUCGUUCUUAACUCAUUGGCUGCCAAA